AUGGCAAGACGUUUGUACCUUGGCAGACUUCCUCCUGAUGCCCGUUCUGAUGACGUGGCUAAGUUUUUCGAUGGCUAUGGCCGUAUCAUUGACUGUCGUGUCAUGACCGGUUCGUCGGACAAGAGGCGCGCGUCAAAUGCGGAACUCACUGGACCUCCAUCAGGAUUCGGUUUUGUCGAGUUUGAAAGCUCAAAGGAUGCGGAGGACGCUGUGCAUCAUUUCAACGGCAAGCCAUUCAUGGGAGCCAACAUCGUCGUUGAAUUUGCUAAAGAAAGUCGCCCUCGUCGGGAUGUCUAUGAGAGCGACCGUGGCUACGGGGCUGCUCGCUCCCGCAGGCCUCCAGGUAUUCGCCUGAUCGUUUCCGGUAUUUCUCGCGACACUAGCUGGCAGGACUUGAAAGAUUUCGGACGCGAGGCUGGUAGCGUGUCCUUCGCUGACAUUGAUCGCGACAACCCUGGCCAGGGUAUCCUUGAAUAUCUAUCGCGAGAUGAUGCAGACCGUGCCGUCAAGGAUUUGGACGGUAAAGACCUGCGCGGUAGACCUGUCCGCGUUGCCUACGACGAUACUCGCGGUGGACCUGAUAAUUACAGGCGCGAGGAUCGUCGUGAGGAACGUCCUCGAAGUGAUGACCGAUACAAAGAAGAACGAUACUACAGGGAUGAUCGGCCAUCCUAUCGCCGCGAACGAUCACGUUCGCCGCCUCGUCGCAAUGAUUAUGAGGAUCGUCGCCCCAGGUCUCCACCUCCGCCGCGGAGGGAUCCUGAUGAGAGAAAACCUGCAGGGUACGAUGAUUACCGACGGGGAGGUUAUGAUGAUGACCGCAGAGCCCCUGAUUAUUAUUAUGACCGCCGCAGGGACGAUGACCGGCGACGUGAAGACCGCAGUGGCAGACGCGACGAGAAAGACGAUCGGUACGACGACAGGGCAAUGAGGCACGCAAAUGGCGAUGGUGGAUGGGCGCGUUAA